UAAGAGAACGCCUCAGCCAAGAUCAUCACAGUUGAAAUCAAACAGUCGAAGAGACAACAAGUGAAGAGUUUCAAAGAAACAGUUGAUAAUAAUUAAUAAAAUUGAUAAAAUCCAAAAAGUGAAAAUGUCUGUUUUGCCAGUGAUUUUGAAUUUUGUGGAGGAUUUCUCCGACAUGGAUCCCUGGACUGAAAUCUCCAGCAUUCCCAGAGAGUUUAGGAUGAUUCACAGAAGGCCCCGUUUCUUGCGAGCUCCAUACAACUGCGAGAAACGCUGCAAGCUGGCCAGGAAAUACAGCAAAUCUCCUGAGAAGGAUGGCUUUGAGAUGAAUCUAGACGUUAAGCAAUUCCGUCCUGAAGAGAUCUCUGUCAAGGCUAUGGACAAUCACGUCGUGGUGGAAGCUAAGCAUGAGGAACGCGAAGAUGAAAACAGCUUUGUUUCCCGCCAUUUUGUCAGCCGUUACUCCUUGCCCAAGGAUUGCAAUGUCCAGGAAUUGGUGUCUAGUCUCUCAUCCGAUGGAGUGCUCACACUUAAAGCUCCACCUCUCCACAAAGGAAUAGAGAGCAAGGAACGAGUCAUUGAAAUCCAGAGAAUCAACACACCGCAUUUACCAGAAAAGGAUAAAUCUUCAGAAAACCACAAGGACACCACAAAUGAAAAUCUAGAAAAAUAGA